AUGUCGUACGCGCCCCACGAGAGCGCCGCGGACCUGCUCCUCGAGCGGUCGAACUUCAUCGGCGGGUUCCUCGGGAACAUGGCGUACGGCGUGCACGGCACGCUGUACUGCGUCUGCGCGUACCUCCUCGUCCGGCGCCGGCGCAAGGUCGACAUGAGCAUGUUCUGGCUCGCGUACAUCACGCUCCUCUUCGCCGUCGCGACCAUCUACGUCGCGUGCGGGAUCAAGCUCAGCGAGAUGCUCUGGAUCGACGACCGCGACUUCCCCGGCGGGCCCGUCGCGUACCAGAACGCGCUCUUCUCGAACUACGUGCAGCUCCUGCUGAGCACGUCGUACAACGUGAUGACGUUCAUGGCGGACGGGCUUUUGGUGUACCGCUGCUACCUGAUGUGGUCCAACUCGCGCCUCCGCUGGGUCGCAGCCCUCCCCUUCCUCUUAUUCCUCGCAUCCACCGGCAAGUCCCCUCUUCCCCCUAACCCCCCCCCUCUCACCGCCCACCGCAGCGAUACCGCCGCAAACUACGGCAUCCUCUUCUGGUCCCUCUCCUCCGCGCUCAACGUCCUCGCGUCGCUCCUCAUCGUCGCGCGCAUCCACGCGUACCGCAGCGAGCUGCAGGGCGCGCUCGGCGCGGAGCACGCGCGCCCGUACACGAGCGCGAGCGCGAUGUUCCUCGAGAGCGCGGCGACAUACGCGAUCGCGAGCAUCAUAUUCAUCGGCACGUACGCGACGAACAACUGGUUCCAGAACAUCGUCGUGCCGGUGCUGGGGCAGAUCACGUGCAUCGCGCCGCUGCUGAUCAUCCUGCGCGUCGCGUACGGCCGCGCGUACACGUUCCGCACCGUCAGCACGUCCACGCGCAUCGAGUGGGGCUCCGCGCCCCCCGCCUCCUCGCAGUCCGAGGCGGCGUCCGCGCGCGCGUUCCCCGCGGCGGGCAGGCGCUCGGCGAAGGAGAAGGAGGUGGCGUUCGAGACGCCGAGCACGGUGUCGGAGUACCGGCUGUGA